AUGGCUAAUAAUAUAACACCGGAAGUUUUAAUUCCACUUGUGGAACAAAGGGCUGUCCUUUGGGACAAAACUUUAGACAUUUAUAAAGACAAAGGUUUGAAAUUAGCCGCGUGGAGAGAAAUUUGUUGCGUUUUUGAACCUAAUUUUGACAAGUUGGAGGAAAAGGAAAGAAAAGAUUUCGCUACACAGAUAUCUACAAAGUGGACACAUAUUCGAGAUGCAUUUAUGAGAUCCCUGAAAAAUGAAAAAGAAAAAAAGCGAUCUGGUGCAGACGCAAAAACUACUAGGCCGUAUGUUUAUAAGAAUCAGCUGUCUUUUUAUUAA